AUCUAAAUCAUCUCUAUCUCUCCUUCUAAAAAUCAAAACAAAAUUUUUGUUUCAUAUCUUUUUAUUUACCUUUUUGGUACAUCUUCAUUGAAAUAUUUGUUUGUGCUCUCCUAACGGCUUGGUCGAGAGCUCAAAGUUAAGUUUUUUGGUUACUACUCAAGUGAUACACUUAUUUUUGCUUUUUCUAAAGGUUUAAGGGCUCGAAGUCAAAAUCUCUAAUUAUUAUAAAUAAAGAGAUUUCAAUCAUCCCACCUCGUACGAACGACUUCGAGGUACUUAAUUAAGUAUCCAAUAAACCUAAUGGAAGCCUGCAAUACACAACAAAAUUAUGACAAACAGAGUGAAUUAAAAGCAUUUGAUGACACAAAAGCAGGUGUGAAAGGACUUAUUGAUGGUGGAAUUACUAAAGUACCGCAAAUAUUCAUCCAUCCAGAAAUCUUAGAAAGAAAAACCUCAAAUCCCAAAAUAACACAUUCCAAUUUCCCUUUAAUUGACCUCCAAAACAUCAACAUUAACAAGAAAGAAAUAGUGAAACAAAUUCAAGAAGCCUCAGAGACAUGGGGUUUCUUCCAAGUGAUCAAUCAUGGUAUUCCAAUGCCCGUCCUAGACGAAAUGUUGCGUGGGGCACGACGUUUUCACGAGCAAGAUAUCGACGUUAAAAAACCAUACUAUAGUCGAGAUGUUGCGAGGAAAGUUAUGUACAAUUGCAAUUUUGAUCUGUUUAGUGAGAAAUCUCUUGCAGCAAAUUGGAGAGAUUCACUAUACUCUGUCAUGGCUCCUAAUCCUGCUAAUCCCGAGGAAAUACCCGAGACGUGCAGGGAAAUUACAAUUGAAUACUCAAAUCAUGUGAUGAAAUUGGGAUACACAUUGCUUGAAUUAUUAUCAGAGGGACUUGGUCUCAAACCAAACCAUCUCAAAGAAAUGGGAUGUGCUGAGGGGCUAGGCAUUUUGUGCAAUUACUAUCCUAAAUGCCCACAACCACAGCUUGCAAUAGGCACAAGUAGACAUGCUGACAAUGAUUUUUUCACAGUGCUUUUGCAAGAUGAUAUUGGUGGACUUCAAGUUUUUCACAACAAUCAAUGGGUUGAUGUUCCUCCUACUCAUGGAGCUGUAGUUAUCAAUAUUGGUGACAUUCUUCAGCUUAUAUCGAAUGACAAAUACAAAAGCAUAGAGCAUAGAGUAUUGGCAAAUAAAAUUGGUCCAAGAAUAUCAAUAGCAAGUUUCUUCAGCACAGGGCCAUUUGCAACUUCCAGAAUUUAUGGACCAAUUGAGGAGUUAUUAUCAAAAGACAAUCCUCCAAAGUAUAGAGCAACAACAAUGAAGGACUUCUUUGAAUAUUCCAACAAGAAAGGACUUGAUGGCAAUUCUAAUUUAUCUCACUACAAAAUAAUAUAAACUUUAUAUGGAGUUGAAAUAAUGUUUUUUUUUUGUCUGUACCAAGAAAAUUAUCUUACAUUUGUACUUUUGUAAUCGUUUGGUAUAAGAAAUAAGGAUAAUAAAUUCUGAAUAAAAUAUGAGAU